AUGUCGGACCCAGGGGCUCGAAGUGCGUUGGGAAGCCAUGCGAAUGGUCGUGGCACGCUGCUGCCUUCUUUCAAGGACCUGCUGUGCUUCAGCAAGAGUGACACGCAUGAGGAUCCUUCGUUGCCAUCCAAAUUAAUCCGACGUGGAGAAGACCUUCGUGCUACCCAUGCUGCUCAGCCGGGCUCAGCUCGUCACUCUUCCAAGGAUACUGUCGAGUCGAAGCAUACUCCUCACAUCGAUCCGCGCUAUUCAAACUCACAGAAUCACCAGAUUCUCCAAGCUCCACUCCAUCACGGCCGCAGCGAUCCCGUCACGGCUAGAUACCCAAUACCUUCUCGAAGCGCUAAAGCACCUCCUAACGCUGACUCUAUUUUCUGUCCUCUUCCGUCAAGAGACUUGGGACCCUCCGCCCGAGAUGAGUCUUUCAACAUGAGGGCGAAAAGUGACAUGGAAAUUAGACAAGCUGUCCACUCAACGAUGACCGCUAUCGACACGUCACGCCAAAACAAAGAAACCCUGGUAGAUCGACCCACUUCGCACCCUAUGGCCAGAGUCUCAAAGGAAUAUCGUCCGCGUGAAGAGCGUCCGUCGGUCCAUCAAUCUGACCAAACUCGCCUGAUGCCAGCGAACAACCGAAUUCAUUCUUACUAUGAGAAUGAGCGUCCCUUGCCAACUCAGCCCAUCCCUAGUCAGGGCUCACAUCUCAUGCAGCAGCAUCAGCAGCAGAAGCUUCAGCGUCAUCACCCUCGAGUGGACGUCAGACACACAGCUCAAGACGACGGAUCUCUGAUCGUCAGACAACAUCAUCCUACCCACCCUCAAAUGCUUCCUGUAGCAAGGCCUCGAAUGCAACCGCCUCCCUCGCCACGAGCUCACGUUGGCGACCGACAACGACAGAGAUCUUCGCCGCCAUCCUCUCGCUUCAUCGAAAGGCAAGACGGUAUCACACAUCAAUCAGCUCAUUCUCACGACAUAUCUCCAAGACUGCCGCUCCAUCGAAGCCGGGAGACAACUUUCGACUACUCCUGCGCAAAGCUUCCUUCAGACAGAAGCAUGUCAUCUCCAGCGAUGCCAAAUGCUGCAGCUCCUUUAGGAGAGGUAGCAACACCAAGUCGCUCGAGAACAUACAUCCCGGCUAACGAAGCUUCAGAAGUCCAAGCUGCUUCCCGUCAGGGGCUUUCGUCUAACACUCAUGCCGUUCUCGUCGAUGCUCAGAGGGUUCACGACCGCCCGUAUCUUCCGACGCACUCCCGAGACCACAUGCAGGUUGCCAAUCGUGGUGAAAGCGCAGCAUUGCGAUACGAACAAGACUACGUAAGGAUGUCAAACGGUCAACUGAUGCGUCGGUCGACUGCAUCGGUGAAACCUCAACAGAGAGACUUUUCUUCCUAUCAGCAUGAAGUUCAGCCUCAAGCUUCAGUCACGCGUCGCCAAACAAGCGCUACUGCUGCAAGUCAAACCUACUCCAUGCAACCACCGCUUUCUGCUCCCGUAUCUUCGAAGAACACAGUUUCCGGUACUCCACAGCUUGAUUCGAGAGCAACCGGGGCGCAACGAUCAUGGAAUGAUGUCCAGAGACCUUCAGAUUCAUAUGCCGAGCAUCGACAGGACAAGCUCAUGUCAGGUAUGCCUCAUCGCACCUCGCCUCAAGACCUACUAGACCAGCAGCAAGCUCGUCCCAGAGGUCAGGAGAGACACUCAAGGGCAGAGCACGAUGCUGACCGCUUCCAAUUAGCGUCCAAAGGGCAAGAGCCGCAGCGAAAGGAACGAUACGAAGUUCGCGAGGCUGUCUUGAAUGAAGGAAUGCGACGGGAUUACCAGCAUGGUUUCGUUGCACCCUCGAUACCUUCUCAGGAACGAAGUGCAGCCUCAGAGAGAUCCUUCAGAUAUCGUCAGGAAGGAAUCGCUGCUGAGCGCGCUCACUCUUCGCAGAUCGAUCCGAGGUACGCUUUGAGACCUCAACUUCCUUCUCCACGCUCUGAGCCUGCGCGCUCGGCCCAGUUCGACGCAUCAUUCAACCGUCGUCAAGAGUACGUCGCUCAGGAUGACUAUCGAACAACUCCAUCCCUCGACCGUCGGCAGCUCCCAGAAGUGUCAAUCAGGGAUCCAAGAAUGUCUCACCGUCAAGAAUCAGAUCGCAUUCUGGUCGACCGUCGCAUUCAACAGACACAUCCGCCAGCUGUCGACCAAGCCAGAAGGUCGACUGAGCGAGAAGUGCCAGCCAUAGAUAAGCCUGCAGCUGGUCCGCCGUCUCAGCAUGAGUACAGACUCCCGAAGAAUGCAGAGUCUCAGAGAUAUCGAGAUUUGGAGUCACCGAAUGCAGGCACAAGCGACACACGACGUCGGCGGUAUCCUCCUGACGAGAGCCGCGCGUCUUUAGUCGAUCCACGUUCGAUGGAAAGAGCUCGAGCACAUCCUCCGAUCAUAGCCUCGCAGCACACCAUCUCUCGCACUCCUCCACAGGGUGUCGCUGAUCGAGGCCACGGAGGAUCAAUGUCGCCGCUGCUAAGACCACUCAAGCGACCUCGUGCAGGCUCAGACACUUCACUUGUGCUCAAAGCUUCUCGCUUCACUGUCGGAGGCGAAGGGGAGAUGGGAAGUAAUGGCCACGCCUCUGUCACACUUCCUUCUCCUUUGCCUGCGCAUCGUGGGCGACAGCUCGUCGGGCAGCGGCCGUUGGAACAAACAGGUACUCCCGAAAUCUCGCGUGACUACCGUGACGCUGGGAAGCCGGUUGCAGUUCCGCAAUGGCGGCUUCGUCCAGCUACCGGCUCAGCGCCCAUCACACCUCCUCUGUCCUCAAAUUGA